AUGAACGUUCUUUGCCUUGCAGACCAAAUCGAACUCGCGUCGCCUCCAUUCGAUAGCGUGUCUUCCGUUCGAUUCUCACCAACAAGUCCUUCCCAUUUAUUGGUGUCAUCUUGGGACACGACAGUACGCUUCUAUGACAUCGCGACGAAUGAGCAGAAGUCCAAGUAUGACCACCGAGCGGCCGUCCUAGCGUGCUGCUUCUCCGACGCGACCCAUGGCUAUAGCGGAGGACUUGAUACUUCGGUCCGGGAAUUGGACCUCGAGAGCGAGAAGAUCAACCACCUAGGCCAGCACUCCGACGCGAUUUCAAGCAUGAAUUAUUCACGAGACCAAAACGUCCUCAUCACGGGCUCCUGGGAUCGGACGGUACGCUUCUGGGACCCGCGCGCUUCAAAUCAGCAGCAGUCCUCGCACGACCUCCCCGAGCGCGUGUACAAUAUGGACCUCGUAAACCAUAUCCUCGUCGUUGCGAUGGCGAGCCGCCUAUUCCACAUCUACGACAUCCGAAAAAUGGACUCGCCCGCGCAGACGAGAGAGAGCAGCUUGAAGUUCAUGACGCGCGCGCUCGCGUGCAUGUCGGAUGGACAAGGAUAUGCGACAGGCUCCGUGGAGGGACGUAUCGCAGUCGAAUAUUUCGACCCAAGUCCGCAAGCGCAGGAGAAGAAGUAUGCGUUCAAAUGCCACCGACAGACGAUCGAUGAUGUCGACCACGUAUGGCCCGUAAACGCGCUCGCGUUCCACCCCAUCUACAACACGUUCGCCUCCGCAGGCUCAGAUGGCACAGUCUCGAUUUGGGACCACAAGUCCAAGAAGCGGUUGCGGCAGUACCCCAAAUACCACUCUCCCGUGCCAUCGAUCGCGUUCAACUGCGAUGGGACGAAGCUUGCCGUCGGCGUUAGCUACACGUGGGAGGAGGGCGAGGAGGGCGCGAAGACUGCGGAGCGGCCGGCCGUGUUCGUUAAAAACAUUGGGGAGGAGGUGAAGCCGAAGGGCUGGACUGGGUAG